GAAGUAGUUGUUGUCAAGAAAUACAUUGAUGGCGGUAAAACUGACAUGGGAUUAAUGGGUGAAAGAGGCUGUGGUUCAGUGCUUCCAGAAAUAAACUAUUCGCAUCUCUAAACAUGAAGACUCUGUAAAGCUUGAAUUUAUGGUUUGCGUUUUAUUGUUUGUCAAAGAUGGCGAUGGAAAAGCAUUACACUUUGCGGGACACGCACACCCGUGCGCUCACUGCUAUCGGAUACAACCCGGCACGACGAGAGAUCUUGAUAGGGUGUGAAGAUGGUGUGAUCAAGUUCUGGGAAGCAGAGGCGGGGAAGCUGGUGAUGACAGCAUAUGAACACAAAGGAUGGGUGACCGACUUUCUCUUCUGGGCAAGUCCCAAACUGAUGUUGUCAGCUGCUAAUGAUGGGAAUAUUAUAGCUUGGUCCACCGGAGGAACUGUGUGUGAUAAAAUACCAAUUGGUAUGCCUGUGUACUGUAUGGCCAUUAAUUACCGACGUGAGCAGUUAGUGUGUGGUGUCAACGGCAGCGUCCGUGUAUAUGACCUUGAUGAAGACAAAGAAUCUGGUCAUGUCAUUAACACAGAGGUUUUGUACAUAGCGCGGGAGCACACAGAUAUUGUGCGCUGUAUAUUGUGCCAUGAGUCAAGAAUUUAUUCUGCAGGAUAUGACCAGAAGAUAGUGAUAUACGACUCCUCCUACACUCGCGACAACAGCCUGGCUCCCCUUCAUCAGCAUCCAAAAGCUCAUGAUGCAGGAAUAUGUUGUAUGAGGCUGGAAAAAGACCAUGAAAAUAAUCAGUGGUUGAUGACGGGGUCUUUUGAUAAGACAGUGAAGAUCUGGUCCAUUGAUGGGAAGUUCACUCAUAAACUGGACAAUUUUUUGGCCACCAUAUCUGGGAUCUGCUAUGUUCCACGUAACAAGACUGUGUGGGUGGCAGGGGGGACAUCCUAUGCCAGUCUGUUUGACCCUAAAUCAGGGGAUAACGUGUCUGAUUUCAUCGGAACGUUCCAGCAACAGGAAGAAGAGAAAUACCAGCUUCAGAUUCUGAAGUACAUCCCGGAGCUCAAUGAAGUAAUAGCAUCAACAAGUAGACGACACUUAGUGGUCUGGAAAUACAAUCCAUCAGGGUGUAUCACAGCACUGAAAUGUUCCAGUAAUCUAGAGAGUCUGUGUUACACUAAGAAGGUUCCUAUUCUGAUAUUUUCUGGAGACAAUGAAGGUGUGAUCAUUAAGUGGGAAAGAAUGCAGUCCAAUCAUUUCAUGUACAGUAAAGAGCUAUAUCAGCUGAGUGACAACAAACUGAAGAAACAGAAGAAAGUGGGGAGUAAGGCCAGGGAGUUAUUGUUGGAACAGCAGCUCAACCAGUCGCCCUCCAAGCUAUACCACGACACACAGUCCUCAAAAGUAGAGGCGGCCAAACAGAAAAUCAACAAUGUCAGAAGUCACUACGCCUACAACAAACCGCUGAUACCACCGCCAUCAGUUCAUAACCAUCCAAACACAACAAUACUGAAGAUAGUGUUCGUGGAGAGAUUUGACUACAUCAUAGCUGCAUCUGAAGACAGCAAUAUCUAUGUGUGGGCGUUUGAUUCUGACGCAGUGAAAGCUUUGAAGGACAUGAAACCCAUGGAUAUGGAGAAGUUGGUGGCUAAGUAUAGCAUAUUGCUGGACCCAGACUCUGAGCUACUGCCCCAAAACAGACCCAACACCUUGGAGGUUGAGACAGCUGACGAGGAGGAAGAAGAAAUAAGCAGUGUUAAAUCGGAGAGCGAUUCUGUGACCAAUCGUGUGGCGGGCUUUGUCUGUAAGUUUGUGUUUGCGGAACACAUGAGCUGCGUUACCAGCAUGGUGGUGAUCGGCAAGGAGCACGGGAUGGACACAACAUAUCUGCUGAGUGGAGGCUGGGAUAAGAGAAUCUGUAUCUGGGAUCUGGAGAAGGGAACAUUGGAAGGGACUUUCCGGAACACAGCCCCUGGUGCUUCCUAUGAGAGUUUGGAGUUCGCCUGUGAUGGGGUCAUUCUGGACAUGGACUACUCACCCAAACACAAAGAAUUUGCCUACGCUUCCAGUGAUAAGAUGGUAUAUAUAAGAAAAUUUUCCACUAAUGGUGCUAAAAUGACCUUGGUCAACACAUUGCAAGGUCAUGAGGGUGAAGUCACCUGUGUACGCUGGAACAUCCAUGGCAAAGGAUCGUGGGUAACGGGAUCUGAGGACGGAACCAUUAGAAUUUGGUCUGGAAGUGGCCUCAAUGAAUGUGAGCAAAUUCUGGCUGCACAGGGAGGAGUUUGUUGCAUGUGUAUAGACAAGCUGAAUGGAAGCAUUGUAGCUGGUAUACAGAACACCAUCAGGGUAUAUGACUGUGAACAUUACCGCUUGGUCCAGACUAAUGUUGGUCACACAGAUGCUGUCAGAAGUAUCAUCCACAUUCCAGAAAGAAAUCAGUAUGUCUCCUGUUCCUGGGACCAAACUAUCAGAGUUUGGAAUGCCUGGAAAAAACCAAAGAGAAGGGUGAUUCCGAAGAAUGAUAACAAACAUAUGACCUUGAACUCUGGAGAUGGUGAUAAGCCAACCACCUCAGGGUCCGAGAAAAAAGUGGCGUUUUCUGACAUUGAUGGCGAAGAAGAGAUGGCAAAGAUUCCUGAAGAAGACGAAGAGGAUUUACAGGUUGAAGAGGUGUGAUUCUUCAUCAUCAACAUGUGUGCCAUAAUCUUAUUGUGAUAACAGAUCCUGCUGCAUGUAAAGAAGUUAAUUUAAUUUAAUCAUGCCAAAAUUUGACUUAAAGGGCUUUAAAUCUGUGAUUCUGUCUUCAUUUGAAUGCUAAAAAUUGAUUGAACAACUUAUGUCAGGCAAAGCAGUCUUUUAAGAUCAAUGUGUUUUAUGUAUCAUUUACAUGUUUACUAUUCAUUUUAUGUAUUUAUUACCUCCAGGGUUGAAGGACUUCUGAGAUGAAAAUUAGUUUGUUAACAUCAUCUUCUUUUAUAUGCUAUCAAAGAGUAUUUUAUUUACAUACAAAGUCUUUAUUUUAUAAUUUCUAUGUAUAGAUGCACUUUUUAUUCAUUUUUUACAUUUCAUAGUUCUAUAUAUAUAUAUUAUGUACAUUGUACAAUUUUUUUUAUCAGUAUGUAUAGUCUCGAAUAUAUUUUUGUCCAGAAGUAACUCUGAGUAAGCCGGCGGUAUUUGUGCGUUUUCCCACACCUGUCUCUAGUCAGUGUGACACGGGCUCUUGGAUUUUGUGAGCUCCUCUUGUACAGACUGUGUGUUCACAUAUUGUCCAUACUUGUUUCCAACUAGUUCACUGUUCCACUAAUAUGUUAUAAAUAACUUAAAAGGAGGUAUUUCUUAGACAUAGAUUCCUGAGGAGUUGUGUUGGUUUUUGUGUGUUUUCACUGCCUAUUGUCAGUUCUGUCGCCUCUUGUUCCAAGAAUAAAUGGCCUGCUAUAAAAGUUUUCUCAGGUAGAAUGGUAUAUAUGCAGUAAAGAACUUUUUAUGAUGAUUUCUCACAUAUACAAACAGUAAGAAACCAACAAAAAUAGAAAUUUGUUAAUUAUCUUGAUACACGGCAUGCUGUUGCUAUUGAAUUGGUAGUUAGGUGCAGAAAUAUCUUUCAUUACGUAUAUAAGAAUUUGGGGACAGUUUGUGACUGUCGUAUUCCUUUCAGAUUAUUGUAAUUAAUUCAAAUAUUUACGAUAAUAGCGUAAGUCUGCACCACAGUGAUGUAAUUCAUCCAGUUUGCGCUAGAGUAGUUCAGUGUUUGGAAUCGUUUUUAUGUGAUUGCCAUUUUCAUGCAUUUCUUGACUUUAUUUUUUUUUGUAUGCUCCUGUAUUUAGAUGAUGAAUGUGUUUAUACUUAGAAAUACUUUAAAAAGGUAUUGAUGGCUGACAGUUCUUUGCUAUUUAUCAUUGAUUUUAAAAAAAAGUGGAUUCUUUUCAGUUGAGACUAUCCUUAAUUGAAGCAAUACCCAAAUUUACAAAAUGAUUAUAUGGGUUAAAAAUAAACUGAGUGUGAUGAAAAUCAGUGUGCCAAAACUUUAACCAUGACCAUCAACGUUUAUCAGGGUUGUGAAUUGUGAACUUAACACACAUUUUUGUUACAUUGUGAAUCUGUUACUGGUGCAUCCGUCCUCUAAUGUGCAUCUAUGAUAGUCUUUGAAGAGAAAGAAGUGUCUUAUUGAUUGAUACAAAGAACAUAUACAUGUAUAUCAAUCUUUGAAUAAUUAUUCUGAAUGUUUAUUUUGUGCAAUUUUUGCUUUCAUUAAAAUUUAUAUGAUGUCAUA